AAUUUCCCACCCUUUAUUUCCUCAGGUCUCCGCGUCGUGACAUUCCUUUCAGUAGUUUACUCAACCUGCUCGCAGACACCUAGAAUGCGGUCUACAGUCUCUACAUCUGCCUUCAGACAGGCUGCUCGUCCCCGCCGUCUACCCGCCCAGUAUUCACGCUUUGCUAGCUCAAAUGUGGAGACAGCCCAGAAGAAAACUCAGGACGCGCUCGGGUCCGCCCAAAAGACAGCAGAAAAGCUUUGGGAGAGCUCAAAAAAGUUCCUCGGUCCCCUCGGCGAGCGCGCUGGAAGCAUGCUCGGAUCAUACCGUCAGCCUGUCAUGUACAACCUAUCUGUUGCACGCGAAUUGUUGAAGCAGGUAUAUGUGGCGGAGCGUUUGCAACCUCCCACCGACCUUGGGGUGGUGAGAAGCGCAUACUCAACAUUAUGGAGUCGUGCUAGCAGCCAAGCAUAUUGGCGAGGGAUACUCAGUUCCGGGGAGUGGGCCAAGGUCGCCAUAUACGCUGUGGAAGCAUACGGUAUCUUCAAGAUUGGAGAAAUUGUCGGACGGAGAAGCGUCGUUGGAUACAACCUUCAUUAGACCGCAUUAUUUAUCGCUGAGAGCAUUUAUUAUGCUUUACACUGAUUCUAUUGCAUAGACAUCUCAUAUUUCCUAUGCUGAUGCCGUUUUCCGUCCAUUCAAAUUUGCAUGACAGACAGUGCAUGUGUUGCACCGAAUUGACAAGUCACGGACAAUGAUAUAGAUAUCCAUAUAGCAAGAGAUCAAAAGUAUGGACUCCCUAAUCCUCCUUCUUUCCGCCAAUCUUCUUCUCUGCUUCUGUAAUUGAUGCUGCGUCUGUUUGAGGACCAGCGGCAGCUGAGAACACAAUAGUCAAUUGGUGAUAUGAUAGUGCAUAGGGAAAUUCACGUGCCUCCAAACAUUGAUGGAGUUUUG